AUGGGGGCUUCGCGACGUCACUCAUUCGAGGAUGCCUCUUCAACAGGCAAUCACCAUUCGUCACUAACAUCAUUUUCUCAAUCCGAUUCCUCUCAGGAUGGUGGAUCCGUCAGUUUAACUGAAUUUGCAACUAUCAAUUUACCACUUCAUGGAUCAGCCACCACUUCUCAGAUAUCCCUCUCCCUCAUACCCACCAUCGCUCCACUGAAAGAAAACAGAACGGCAGAUGUAUCGUCUCCUGAACGAGGUCGUACCAGAUUGAGGGGGCCUCCUAUUAUAGAAGUGACUCGAAAGGGCUUUUCCAGCUCGUUAUCGCCUGAUCGAUUCAUCCCAAAGAGGCAUUUCGCCGAGAUCUCAACCACACCAUUUCAUGUGAACAAACACCCUCGCCAUCUGUCUCCUGAAGAGAAACUUCUUCGGCGUCGUUUGCCCUGGGAUGAUCCCUUUCUUCCCACCAGACCCCGAUCUCCGGCAUUCCCAGGACAGAGACCAACGCCCAUUCGGCUCCGCCAAAGACCCCUCCAACGGCCUCAUUUGGUCACGGAUCCUGGUGUUGCAGGAGGAGCCCAUCAAAUUGACUUUCUCAGGCGAGUCAGUGCUGGAGCCGUGUGGGGCGUCGGUGGGAUGACUGCAAUGCUCGGGGACCCCUCAGUGGCUGUUUCAAAUGGCGCGCUAAGUCUCUCGGCCAGAGGGCCAACUGCUCCUACAUAUGUAGCUAAAUUCUUGCCGAGAAACAAUAGGGCUGAUGACCAGAACAAGCACGAAUCAAGGCUUGCCCUUGCAUUGGACAUUGACCCAACCGCCAGACUCCUUGUUACUUGUGUACCAUGCGCAGAGAACUCACCUAGUCCGUCCUCGCCAUAUUACGAGCGACUUUCGCCCUUUGUGUGGAAGGAGAGUGCGUGGAAAAAAGUGGAAAGGGAGCAGUGGCCAGCAGUCCUUUCCAAACGAGAAGCGCUUCCUCCAAAGCCCUUUCGGAUCUUGGAUGCCCCUUCCCUUCGGGAUGAUUUCUAUUGCACCACGCUGGCCUAUUCGUUCACAUCUGGCGUGCUAGCUGUUGGACUUGCCCAGCAUGUUUACCUGUGGUCCGAAGGCUUCACCGUGGACCAUCCGCCGUUUGAAAAUGUACAUCCGUCAAACUACGUCACAUCUCUCUCGUUCUCAUCGGAGAAUGGCGGACGGAGCAUCCUUGCUGUUGGCCGACAGUCUGGCCAGUUAUCUCUGUGGGGUGUGAAUGAAGCCGAUGUUCGCUUUGAACUCAGUCAUCCAAACAGUAUCUCGUGCGUCGCGUUCAAGCCGAGAACCACACAAAGACUUUCCGAGAGGUGUGCCAACUUAGAAAUCGAUGCAGAGGAAGUUGCGGUUGGAGACGACGUGGGCAACGUCUGGUACUACUCUGUCGAAUGGCCCGAAAGCCAAAAUGAGCGGAGCUGGAAUGGUCUCAUCACGCUUCUCGCCAAGAUCUCUGCUCAUACUCAGCAAGUCUGUGGCUUGGCCUGGUCACCCGAUGAGCGGUUCCUUGCUACAGGUGGCAACGAUAACGCUUGUUUGCUUUUCGAACUGACUGAUAUUCUUCCACCGCCGCCAUUGCUCAACCAUUCUCUAUUACCUGUCAUGGCAACUCAUUCUGAGGGCUUGAGUGUUCGCUCGUUUUCAUUGCUCGGUUUAAUUAACACUCCACGGCACCUUCUUAACAGGCGGCCCACCGUCAGUCACUUGCUCCCAUCAUGGGUUCAUCCACCUCCGGUGAGGCCUACGGCGGCAGUACCUCUUCUCAGUCUUAGAGGUACCCUCAUAUCAGGUAGCGGACGAACUGCGUUGAUUCCACAUGAUCACCAAAAGCACACACUGCCACACGCCGCUGCAGUUAAAGCAAUUGCCUUUGCACCGUGGCAGCCCUCGUUAUUGGCGACAGGAGGAGGUUCCAAUGAUCGCACAAUUCACUUCUUCCACACUCGAACUGGUGUCUGCCUCGCCAAUAUCAACGUGUUUGCCCAGGUGACCAGUCUGAUCUGGAGCCAGACACGACGUGAGAUUGCGGCAACAUUCGGGUACGCCCAACCAGAACAUCCAUUCCGAAUUGCCGUCUUUGCAUGGCCCAGCUGUGCCCAGGUUGCUGUCAUUCCCUGGGGGCCCUCCGGAUCCAGUUGGGAUGGCCCCGACCACGAUGUCAACUUUGACUGCGGACGAGCGCUGUGGGCAGUCAGCUAUCCCGGACGCCCACCUCGCCCUCCGGGGCUCACGCUAGAUGAAUCAGAUCUUUUCUGUACAUCACCACGACGAUCAACUCCAGUGCCACGCAACCAUUCGCGAUCACCAGAACGCGUAAACGAAGCAGGUAGACCCAAGCCUAGUCUUCGAAUUGUCCGGCCCAAAGAGAAAGAGGGCGGGAUGUGGUGCACACGAACAAUGGAAGAAGGAUGCAUCAUCGUUGCAUCAAGCGACCAGACCGUCAAAUUCCACGAAGUAUGGGCGGGACGCCGCCAGGGCAUCGGUUCAGCCUGUGGGAUGUUGGGAGGCAGCGAUAUCCUGGAGGGCAUGGAAGGGAUUGAGAAGUCGAGCAGUGAAAUCAUUCGCUAG